AUGGAUCAAUCAACUGAAGCAGAUGAACAUCCAAAUCCGAAUUCAAAUGCAAAUUCAAAUUCAAAUUCGAACUUGAAUUCUAAUUCGAAUAGGAAUCGUUACGAAUCCAGCACCAAAAAGUGUAUCAAAUUUUUAAAAGACUUUACCAAAUCGAAACAUGAGACUGAUGAUGAUAUGGAACAAUCCGAGAGCUUGAAGACUGAAAAAAAUACCGAAAAUAACGCGAAGAGUGAUAAUGACAGCAAGGCGACCGAUGGCAAUCAAGACAAGUUUAAAUGUAACAGCGACCCAAAAUUCGGCGGUCUUCCCCCCCAUUUGGUCCUACCGAUGUUACUGAUGAAACAGAACAUGAAAAACGCUAUGCUAGGAAAUCUUAAUAUCACCAGAGUGAAAUCAGAAUAUUCGGACGAACCAAAAGUGUUUUGUCCUGCCUGUGGACGUGGUUACAAACUAAAGAGCUCCCUCAGGAACCACAUGAAGUGGGAAUGUGGCAAGGAACCGCAAUUCAAGUGUCCACAUUGUUCCUAUAAAGCUAAGCAAAAGAUGCAUAUCACCAGACACAUCGAAAGGAUGCACAAAGUGAUUGAUUAUUCUUCCGUUAAGAGAGAGAACGCUGACACUGGUGAAACCAGCGUGUUACCUAAUGUAUCUAUAUCGCCUGUCAAAAUGGAUGAUAGCGUCGAUCCUAAUAUAUCAUCUUAAUAAAAUUAUGCUUGGUUUGGUAAUUUAUGCAAGUUGGUAAUUUUUAACAAAAAUAUAACUCGAGUAACAUUUAUAUAGAAUAGCUGACAGAAAUAAUGUUGGGUUGGAAAUGGGGUGUUAAUACACUACGACCUAAAAGAUCUGUUGUGCCCUCUUCUGUCGCUAAUGCAACAAGAAAAUGUCGUGAUGCCUAUAACGACUCUUCCAUACUUAUCAUCUUAAGGAAGAGUAGGAUUUGGAGUGGAUUUAAGUUGGGUAAAUCACUUCCUUCUAUUUGAUAUGCUCCUAAGUAUAGUGCUCUUAGAUUCUUGAGUGCUACACAUUCAGUCAGUAUGUGAAUGAAGGUUUGUUCUCCUCACAGAAUCUGCACUGUCUAUCUUCUACUACUCUUAGUUUAAUGAGUUGUUCUUUGACUCGGCAAUGCCCAAUGCGUAGCUUGUUUUUGCUCAAGCAGAUAAAGACUUCUAAUAUUUUCUGGUUUUGUUCACUCAGAAUUAUAUUAGUCUAUCUUAGCCCUAAGAAAUUGGUCCAAUUGUCGUUUCUUCUACUGCCUAAUUCUUGUUUAAUCUCGCAUAAUAUUGUGUUACUGCUGAUACCGCAGAACGGCUUAGAUCCCACAAAGAGUGUUUGAGACUCUUUCCUUGCGAGACUAUCUGCAAUCUCGUUCCCCUUUACCUUGUUAUUUUCCGGGACCCAAGUGAGAAAACCUGGUAAAAUAUUUUGCAAAAAUUCCAAAUAAUUUUUGACGGUUAGUCGAUUUGGAAAAAUAACUGAUUCAAUUUGCACAAAAAAAAAAACGCCCAAAAUUAUAACUCUAAUAACUUUAUAUAGCUCAUUACAAGGAUUAGGAUCGCUUAGCUCAUUCAGUGUUUGUCCUAGACAUCUCCAGACCAUUUUUGAGCUUGGCUUUCGGACAUAAUGAUAAUAUCUUAUCUACGAUAGUUUCUCUCUACGGCAAACUGGAUACACUUCUCAAUGGCGUGAAUUUUCGCCUGAAAGAUGCUUGAGUAUUUUCUCAAACUUUCAGAGUUCCCAUUUACUCCUAUUCCAGUUCCUUCUAUAGUUUUGGAACCAUCCAGUUACCACCGAAUAACAUGACUUUCGGGUGCAAAGACAAUGGAUUCUUGGCUCCAUUUUUUCUUGCAAUUCAGCUCUGUUAAAAACUGUACUUCUUAUUAUUUCUUCCUGGGGCAUAUCCCAAGUAUCUUCAGUCCUGAAGCUAGAAGACUUUCGUCUGAUUACUCCGUUCCUGAUCAUUCUAUAUCGUGUUCUUUUUUCCACGUUCUCUAUCAUUACAUGUAGAGGGGCGAGGUUUAAGAUCACCUCUAUUGCGGCCGUAUGACAGGUUCUCAUUUCACCGGUGAUACAAACACAAGCUACUCUUUGUUCUUUUAGGAUAUUAGCUCUCGUAGUAGCUAAACUAGUUCUGUUACUCCAGACAGAAACAAUAUUUUAAGAGGAAUACAAUUUGUAACCUCAAUACUUUUACGGUUCUUAAUAAUACCAGAACAGGUCCAAUUUUGUGUAAACAAUAUUGACUCUGUUCUAGAUUAAAUAUAGAGAAUUUGUAUCUUUAAUUUCUACCGCGACCAAUUCACAUCUGCUGUUGACAUUCUCUUUUUAUAGUAUAUUAUCUAGCUUUCUAACUGAGCACUGGUAUACAUAACGCAUAUAAUGGGGUCUAAAAACAAUCCUUGUGGUACACCGAUAUUUAUGUUUUUUUUUCUAUGUAUGAACAGAGUUAUUUACUUGAAUUGUUUCUAAAACAUAAUAUUGUCAAUUGACAUACACAGUUACAUUUAAACAAAAAAAAGUUAAGGGGUGAUUCAAAAAACUUAUCUUUCUGUAAUUUUGAAAAAAAUCGAAGUCUAUUAAAUGUUCAGAGAAAAACUGUCAAAAUAUAUAGGGUGCUUCAUUAAAAAUUAUUGUAUUUCGACAAAAACACGAAAAACUAAUAUCAGGUAAAAAAAUAACCAAUGACAGCAUUAACAAUAAAAAUGUUACUUGAGUUUCUUAUAUUGAAUUUUUCCCAAGACACAUUAUGUCCUUGCAUGAAACACUAGACCUAAAGCAAAUCCUAAAGCACGUGUUUAAGGACAUCACAAAUAAGAAUAUUUUCUAAACGUUUGAGUAGACAACGUAUUUCAAAUCGACAAAAAAACUAUAUUUUCGAGGAUACCUCGUAUAUUAUUAGACCUAAAAAUCUGCCUUAAGCUUCGGGUGUGGUUAUUAAAUAUUAGACAUAUUUUUGCCAAAUAUAUGAGAAGAAAUUUAAAACCUUUUGGAUGAUGGGUUUGGAUAAAUUUUAUCAUCAGCUCUUUUUCUUUUGCUUUUAUUGUACAGGGUGAUUUAACAACAUUUUUGAAAAUAAGUCGAUUGAAGAUAAUCGAUCUUUAUAAAGAAAAAUUUUAAUUACAUUUUUGUUACACCCUGUAAUAGUAAAAAAAUAUUCCUAUCAUGUUUGAUUGGAGAAAAAAUUAUUAUAA